AUGGGCGUCAAGGGCAAGAGCGGACAGUUCUUACCGCCGAAUGCCUGGGCUGCAGCCGCCGCCAUUCUGGCCGAGGGGGGCCUUGACCCAGGAGCCGCUGGCGAAGCGCGGAAGCUGAAGCCUCAGGGCAGCAAUCCUGAGGGCCCAGACAAGAAAAUUGCGAAGGUCGGCUUCGUGGACUCGGGAGUCAGCACGAACGUGCAGGACAUGGACAUGAAAGACAUGAUGAAGGUAAUGAUGAAGGACAUGCAGGGGAUGAGGGAGAUUAUGAGGAGCAGUGCAGAGGAUGUGAGGGAGGCGGUGGCGGAGGCCAGAUCAGCCAAGGAGGCCGCCAACCAGCCCAAGGCCGCGGUCAGCACGGUGGAGAAAGAUGUCCAGAAGCUCAAGGAGACCGUCGUCACGAGGGAGAACUUCGAGGAGGUGCUGAAGAGCGCCGGCAAGAUGGCCACGGAGGAGGAGAUUGCCAAGAUGAUCGAGGGCGUGGAGUUCAAGGGGCUGAUCUUCAUGAAGUUUGCCAGCGACGUGGGCGCCUCCGUGGGGAUCAACGUCGUCCGGGACAAGGCGAACACCAGCGGCAAAGACUCCAAGGACAGGAUUUGGUGCGACCUUGAAGCUCCGAUCGAGGUUCGAGUCGCUUUGGGGUUUCUCCAGGAUCUCCGGAGCCAGCUGAUCGAGUGGAGGUUCGCGAAGGAAUGCGUGUCCAUCGACCGGGACGUGUGCGCCAUUAAGGUCAACGAGGAGUGGGCGGACUGCGCCGACUUCCAGAACUCCCAGGAGCUGAAGACGAUCAAAGAGAGCGCCGAGGACCGACUCCUUAAGGGCCGCGCCAGGACCAGCAAAGGCCCGGGCAAGGGCUCUGAGCAGUAA